AUGACCACCCACUACCAUUUUGUGGUAGCGGUCGACUUUGGAACCACAUACUCAUCUGUGACAUUCCACCAGCGGCCCUUCGGCGACGAGCUCAAAGAUGUUGCAGACAAGCACCCCAAAUUGACUUCUAUCAGAAACUAUCCUGGAGCACCUGCGUCAAAAAUGGGAGAUAUCUCCGAAACACCUACCGAGCUACUGUAUAGUGAUGGUCAAACCUUCUACGGAUAUGACGCUUGGAACAAAUGGGGCGGCAACAUACACCGCCAGGGAAUACUGCUACAAUGGUUCAAAUUACUGCUCGAUGACUCCAAAGAUGAAAAAAGACGACAGGAGGCAAAACUAGUGUCGAGUCAGCUGGACAGCCUGAGUCUCACUAUUAGUGAUGCCAUUACCGAUUACCUCACCUUUCUGCUCGCACAUACCAAAUCUGAGCUGCAGCUCUACAAUAGAUUUUGUGAUGAUUGCACAGUUCAGCUUGUGCUUACAGUGCCCAACGUAUGGAAUGCACGUGCCUGCUCCAUCAUGGCACAUGCUAUGGAGAAUGCUGCCAAAGAUCUCUCCUUUGGCCACGAAUCAGAAGUAUUUCUGGUGUCUGAAGCAGAUGCUGCAGCUACGUACUGUUGUGAAAAAGCGUCGGAUUUUUUCUUGAACCUGGGCGAUGUAUUCAUGAUCGCCGACAUUGGGGGAGGGACCUCGGAUUUGAUGAUCUAUAAGGUUACACACCUAUAUCCUUACCGCUUUGACCCCGUGGUCCCUGGCGAUGGCGCUGUUUGCGGCGCUAGCCACUUGAACAGGGCCCUUAUCAGGGAAUUGAAGACCAAGAUCAAAACCGACCCCCGCUAUGGAAACAUGAGGGAUCAUCUUCCCCAAAACUGGACUAUCGAUGACAGCUUACGUGUGGCGAACCACGACUUCGAGACAGUGAAGAAGGAUAUCCGCAGUGAUUCAGAAGGUGAAUACAUCAAAGUCCAAUUCCUGCCAAAAUUGAAAGACGACCCGUUCUCGGUCGAUGGCUCCUUCUACGCCGACAGGUGA